AUGGCUCGGCCAGAAGACGACCCCGUGGGCGCCAGUCCCGACGGCACUCACUCCCCUGAUCUGAGCGACAAGCUGGAACAGGAUCCCAAGCUCAAAGAUUUUGAUGUGGAAGGCCAAGGCCGCCGUCAUUCACAGCAUCAUGUCACGGCGGUGGACUCAUCCUCCACGACCGAAAGCGUCGGCCGCCAGAUCGAAAUGGAGUCGGAGAACACCAUUAAAUAUCGGACAUGCAGUUGGCAGAAGACGGCCGCUCUGCUCUUCUCUGAGUACAUUUGCCUGGCCAUCAUGUCAUUCCCGUGGUCCUACUCUAUCCUGGGCCUGGUGCCCGGUUUGAUCCUCACUGUGUUCAUUGCGGGCGUCGUCCUGUACACGUCGUUGACUAUCUGGAAAUUCUGUCUGCGCCACCCAGAAGUCCGAGAUGUCUGUGAUAUCGGCCAGUAUCUCUUCUGGGACUCGAAGAUCGCCUGGUGGGCCACCGCGGUCAUGUUCCUGUUGAACAACACCUUUAUCCAGGGUCUGCACUGCGUGGUCGGUGCCGAGUAUCUCAACACCAUGUCCGGUGGUGCGGUCUGUACGGUGGUCUUUUCUCUGAUUGUCGCCAUCAUUUCCUUCGUCUUUUCCCUUCCCCGUACCUUCAGUGCUUUGUCCCGCGUCGCCACUUUCUCCGCCUUCUUCACCUUCAUCUCCGUUCUCCUGGCAACCAUCUUCGCGGGUAUCGAGGACCAUCCCGCCGGCUACCCUAAGAAGGGUACCCCGCUCGUGCUGGCCAUUCCGGCCAAGGGCACUACCUUCGUGUCCGGCAUGAAUGCAUUCUUGAACAUCAGCUAUACCUUCAUUGGACAAAUCACUCUGCCCAGCUUCAUCGCCGAGAUGAAGGAGCCUCGCGACUUCUGGAAGUCUGUGACGGCGGUGACCAUCGCCGAGGUGAUCGUUUUCAGCCUGGUUGGUGCGAUUGUCUACGCCUACACCGGCACCCAGUACACCGUUGCGCCCGCUUUUGGCUCCCUCUCGGAUGAGGUGUACAAGAAGGUGUCGUUCUCGUUCAUGAUCCCGACCAUCAUCUUCCUCGGGGUGCUGUACGCAUCGGUGUCGGCCCGCUUCGUCUUCUUCCGCCUGUUCGAGGGCACCCGCCACAAGGGCAACAACACCGUCGUGGGCUGGGCCGCCUGGGCCGGCAUCUUGGCUGCCCUGUGGAUCGCCGCCUGGAUCAUCGCAGAGGUGAUCCCCUUCUUCUCGGACCUGCUGUCGAUCAUGAGUUCCCUCUUCGACUCCUUCUUUGGCUUCAUCUUCUGGGGCGUCGCCUACCUUCGCAUGCGCAGUAACGACUAUGGACCCGACUUCUACAAGAAACGUGGUCUCCGCGGCUGGCUGGGUUUCCUCUUCAACGUAUCGUUGAUUUUCAUCGGUCUCUUCUUCUUGGGUCCAGGCACCUAUGCGUCCGUCAUGUCCGUCGUACAGAGCUACCAAUCUGGUAGUGUCGGCGGUGUGUUCACCUGCGCGAGUAACGCGCUCUAG